AUGAAUCAAAAGUACUUUAUUAUUUCAUUCACUUUGCUUGUAUUUUUUUUCCUUACAAAUGUUGAAAAAUCUCUCGGGUGUCAUCCUAGUGGAGAAGGCGAUCAAGGCGCACCCCACUAUCCUGAAGUUACCAAUGCCUCUUUUACAAGUGGAGAACUCACAAUUACAAUUCAAACUUGGGAAGGACGUACACCAGUUCAAGCACUCGGUCACUAUACUUUCCACGCUGAUAGUGGUGUUGAAUGGAGAUUUUUGAAGAAUCCUCAGUUUGUUCAAGGUCAUCAUUGUGAAAUAGAUGGUAAUGAGGUUAAUCCAUACACGGAAACCAGGUCAUUUGAUGCUUCUCAAACACCUUCUAAUACCUGGUUUGAUAUUUGGGUUUCAGUAUAUACUAAUUGUUACCAUAGGGAAUUUGGUUCUAGUGAAGUAGGCUGUUUAUCUUUUGAUAUACAUUAUCGAGGCUGGCAACCUCCUCUUUAA